AUGGAUUUCCCACACAUAGACCACAACAUGACUGAAAUGCUGGAAAGCGUUUCCCACAUCUUCACGUCUUACGUGAAUAGUCACCAAUUAAUUGGUCCCCAAAUAUCGUUGAUAUUAUUGUUGGCGACGAUUGUGUCGGCGGUUGUCUUCGCCGUGAAUGUGGUCCGAAAGUUACGGCCAAAAGUGCGGCGAAUGACACGAGUUAUUCUUCCGGACCCAACACUUCCGCGGUUUCGCAAAAGAGAUAAAGUCUUGUUUUAUGGCCGAAAAAUGUUGCGAUCCGUCCGAUCGUCACUUCAGGCCACAGGUCGACUUCGGGGCAAAAAACGUCAAAUUGUGUUACGAUUUGCCAAACGAUUGCUUCGGAUUAAGAGAGACCAGCCGUUGACUCUUCAAGUGAGCGAACCCUCGCAGGCCUUUCUCGAGGAAGAGAUCGGCGAUCAGUGCGAACAACCACUUCCUCCUGAAGUGAUAUAUAUGUUGAAAAGUAUUCGUGUCUUUGGUUUCUUUGAUAAACCAUUGUUUUUGGAAUUAUGCAAAAAUCUUGAGUUCUUAACGGUUCCGAAGGGACAGAAUCUGUUCUCAAUCGGCGAUCCCGACGACAGUAUAUUCAUUGUCCAAACGGGACGACUUCAGGUCUCAAUCAGCGAAUCCGAUGGAAACGAACUCAUUUUGAAAGAGGUUUCUGUGGGAGAAUCGAUCGCUAGUAUGCUUUCGGUGAUGGAUGUGUUGACCGGACAUUUGGCACCAUUUAAGACAGUUUCAGCCAAAGCCAUAGAAGAGAGUGUUAUAAUUAGAUUACAAGUUAUUCUAUUCAAACAAUUGUUGGAGAAAUAUCCGGAAUCAUUGGUUCGUGUGGUGCAAGUGAUUAUGGUUCGCCUCCAAAGGGUUACGUUCACUGCAUUACAUCAUUACUUAGGACUCACCACUCAAUUGCUUAACCCGGGAUCCAUUUACAGGAGGCCCAACGUUAGUUCCACUAUACAGCCUCUGCCGUCAAUGGGCUCGAGUCCACCCAAAUCGAGUCCCACCCGUCCCUCCACUCUCUCCGCGUAUACUCUGCAACACUCGCACUCCUAUUCGGGAAGCGAAUCAUCGGAUUUGAAACAAGUGUUAAAAGAAAUGGCAAUUUGUGAACAAAAUGCAGAACAAGACCAACAUUUGGACGAAUCGCCGAUCACUGAACACAAACCCAUUGAAAGAAAGAAAUCAGAUAUGGAUUCGCCGCGAAGACAGAAGUCUUUGAACACAUUCUUCGGUCCGCCGGAGAACCAAAAGAUGAAACGCCGGAAGUCUUUGAUUCUCAACGAAAAUCAAAUCCAGAUUCAGGGCUUAUCUGACGACGAGAUCUUUAAUCUAGCGGUUGAGGGACUUCUCCAUCACUUGAAUAUAGAAGACGAAGAACUGGUGAAACGGAAACUGACGGUUAAAGAAUUUGUGAUUAUGGUUCGCCUCCAAAGGGUUACGUUCACUGCAUUACAUCAUUACUUAGGACUCACCACUCAAUUGCUUAACCCGGGAUCCAUUUACAGGAGGCCCAACGUUAGCUCCACUAUACAGCCUCUGCCGCCAAUGGGGUCGAGUCCACCCAAAUCGAGUCCCACCCGUCCCUCCACUCUCUCAGCGUAUACUCUGCAACACUCGCACUCUUAUUCGGGAAGCGAAUCAUCCGAUUUGAAGCAAGUGUUAAAAGAAAUGGCAAUUUGUGAACAAAAUGCAGAACAAGACCAACAUUUGGACGAAUCGCCGAUCACUGAACACAAACCCAUGGAAAGAAAGAAAUCAGAUAUGGAUUCGCCGCGAAGACAGAAGUCUUUGAACACAUUCUUCGGUCCGCCAGAGAACCAAAAGAUGAAACGCCGGAAGUCUUUGAUUCUCAAUGAAAAUCAAAUCCAGAUUCAGGGCUUAUCUGACGACGAGAUCUUUAAUCUAGCGGUUGAGGGACUUCUCCAUCACUUGAAUAUAGAAGACGAAGAACUGGUGAAACGGAAACUGACGGUUAAAGAAUACAAUUCCGGCGUUUGUCUCACCAGUGAAGACACACACGAAGAGAAUAACCUGUUUUACGUAUUGAGCGGUUCUAUAAUAGUAACGCAAAAAUCGAUUGAUAAGGACGAGGAGAACAACCUUUACGUUGUAUAUCCCGGCGAAAUAGUGGGCGCUCUGUCUGUGAUCACAGGCGAGCCCUCUCUCUUCACAAUCAAAACCCGUCAGUCCUGUAAAGUGGGAGUCAUUACUAAAGACAACAUUUACGACAUCCUUACAGAACAUCCCAAAUCUGUGCUCCAUUUGGCGCACGCAGUGGUCAGACGUUUGUCGCCAUUUGUGCGACAAAUAGAUUUCGCAUUGGAUUGGAUUCACUACGAGUCCGGACGUGCUAUCUAUAGACAGGGAGAUAAGUCUGACUGCACUUACAUAGUAUUGAGCGGACGAUUGCGUUCAGUCAUCACUCGACCCAACGGUAAGAAAGAGUUUGUCGGCGAAUACGGAAAGGGAGAUCUCGUGGGACUCGUCGAAGUGAUUACUCAAACACCGCGUUCGACCACAAUAAUGGCCGUCAGAGACUCGGAAUUGGCUAAAUUGCCCGACGGUUUAGUUGAGGCCAUUAAAAUUAAAUACCCAGUUGUGGUCACUCGACUGAUCCACUUAUUAGGGCAUCGAUUGCUGGGAAAUCUUCACCACAAUGUUCGCGGGCCAACGCAUUCGUUGACCGCUCAGCCGUUCUCAGCGGCAGAGAUGGGUUGGCGUCCGACCGGUUCUAACUUUACAACAGUAGCCCUGCUAUCAGUUACAGAUGACGUACCCCUUCAGGCAUUUACGAUGGAGUUAUACCACGGACUCACAUCCAUUGGAACCGUUUCUCAUUUAACUUCAGAGUUUGUGCGCAAAUCGUUAGGUCCGACAGCGCUUGAGAAGCAGUCGGAAUACCGGCUCUGUUCGUGGUUAGGACAACAGGAGGAUCAGCACCGCAUAGUUCUCUAUCAGUGCGACAAUCAUUUCUCGACGUGGACUCAGAGGUGUAUACGACAGGCGGACUGUAUAUUAAUGAUAGCACUCGCAGAUCAGGAGCCGUCGGUCGGCGACGUUGAGAAGCAAUUGGAACACUUGGCCGUCAGGACACAGAAAGAGUUGGUUUUGUUACAUAAACCCGAUUCACUCAAACCCAAGAACACUGUUCUGUGGCUAAAUAUGAGGUCGUGGUGUUCAUCACACCAUCACAUCCGAUGCCCGAAACGAAUGUUUACCAAAAGAUCUCUGGCGAAGACCAAAGAGGUUUACUCCUCGCUCUUCAAUAAUCCGCCGUCAAUUCACUCAGACUUUUCACGUUUGGCCCGUUUUCUCACCGGAACUUCCAUUGGCUUAGUAUUGGGUGGCGGAGGGGCGAGAGGGGCCGCACACGUGGGUAUGAUUAAAGCCAUUACUGAGGCGGGAAUACCCAUUGAUAUGGUGGGAGGCGUUAGUAUCGGAGCUUUUAUGGGCGCCCUUUGGUGUCAAGAGAACAAUAUAACCACUUUUACGCAAAAGGCUCGCGUCUGGUCUCACGGCAUGACCUCAUACUGGAGGCAGAUCUUAGACCUGACAUAUCCCGUGACCGCUAUGUUUACCGGACAUGCGUUCAAUCGAUCCAUAUAUGAGGUGUUUAACGAGGGACAAAUAGAAGAUCUAUGGCUCCCAUACUUCACACUAACCACAGACAUCACCAGCAGUUGCCCGCGAGUCCACAGACAUGGCUCUCUUUGGCGAUAUGUGCGCUCAAGUAUGUCAUUGUCAGGCUAUUUACCCCCGCUUUGCGACCCAAUCGAUGGUCACCUUCUACUUGACGGCGGAUAUGUAAACAAUUUACCGGCGGAUGUGAUGCGCGACGUGAUGGGCGCCGAGACUAUUCUGGCCAUUGAUGUCGGCAGUCAGGACGUGACUGAUAUGACCAAUUAUGGCGACACUUUGAACGGCUGGUGGCUGUUGUGGAAGCGCUGGAACCCAUUCUCAUCGCCAGUUCGAGUGCCAAAUCUGCCUGAAAUACAGUCGCGUUUGGCUUAUGUUAGUUGUGUUAAGCUCUUGGAAGAAGUGAAACAAAGCGAUUACUGCACAUACAUUCGGCCGCCUAUUGAUCGCUACAAGACUUUACAAUUUGGCAGUUUUGACGACAUAAUGGAAGUGGGAUUAAAUCACGGGAAAGUGAUGUUCGCUGCCAUG